AUGGCGACGGCUCCGACAGUUCCAGAUUCGCCGGCUCCGGAAACAAAGCCUGGUGGAAUCAAAACAUACGGAGAAAAACCAAGAAGAAUACAAAUAGAGAAGGACAAGGAAUGGUACUACAUUGGAUCAGAAGUCGGCAAUUACCUUCAGAUGUUUAGGGGCUCCCUCUAUCGGAGGUACCCGGCACUUUGGAGACGUUUAGCAACUAUUGAUGACAGGAAAAAGAUUUGUGAUCUUGCUGGUUUUGGUCAACACACACUUGCUACAAACAUCACCCUGCUCAAGGCAGCUGAAGUAGAUGAAAUAUUUGAAGGCAAUGAUGAUAAAUAUAAAGCUGUAUCGAUUGGCCAAGAGACCGCCGCACAGAGAGAGGGUAUCAAAACAAAACGAGGAAGUAGCUGGGUGCCGACCGUACCAAGCAGUUCUCAUCACCUCGAUGCUGUACCUUGUUCAACUCCAAUCAAUAGGAACAGAUCAGGAAAGAAGAUACGCACAUUCCCUCUCUGCUUUGACGACAAUGACCCAGCCCCUAUCCACGAGAAUGCUGGUCAGCCUGAGGUGCUCGUCCCCAUACGCCUAGAUAUGGAACUCGAUGGACAGAAACUGAGAGACUGUUUCACAUGGAAUAAGAAUGAGCAACUGAUAUCAAUGGAGCAGUUUGCAGAGAUCUUGUGUGAUGACCUUGACCUAAACCCUGUAGCCUUUGUACCUGCCAUCGCACAGGCUAUGAGACAACAGGUCGAUGCCUUCCCCACGGACAACAUUCUCGAGGAACAAUCGGACCAGAGGGUGAUUUUAAAGCUAAAUAUCCAUGUCGGCAACAUCUCGCUGGUCGAUCAGUUUGAAUGGGACAUGUCAGAUAAAGAUAAUAGUCCAGAGGAUUUCGCUACUAAAUUAUGUGCAGAAUUAGGGCUUGGUGGGGAAUUCGUGACAUCAAUUGCCUACAGCAUCCGGGGACAGCUGAGCUGGCAUCAGAGGACAUAUGCUUUUAGUGAGGCACCACUGCCUACAGUUGAGCUCGCCAUUCGUAAUCAGAAUGAAGCUGACACCUGGUGUCCAUUCUUGGAAACAUUAACAGACCAAGAGAUGGAGAAGAAGAUUAGAGAUCAAGACAGAAACACACGACGAAUGCGUCGUUUGGCGAACACUGCUCCAGCAUGGUGAGAAGAUGAAUCGCUACAGUUCAAUCACUGCCACACCAUGGAAACGUUCAAUGGAGACGGAUUCAAAUGUUUGGACUGUUUUCUCUUAGGAUUACUCUAGUUAGUACAUUGUGAAACAGACUGAACAUUCUCCUGUACACUGGUAGAUUUCUUCCCCUGUACUGGUAUAUUUAUUAUUGUAAUGAUUGAUUUUGGACAUUAUCAUAUAUCGUAUAAAAUCAAUAAAUAUUUGUAUAGAAACUUA